CGAAAGCCUCGGCUAGCUAAUGCUAGAAGAAAAUCGAUCCAGGGAAUUUUCACUAAACGAAACCAAAUCGAUAGAGCCAAACAGGGAGCGGACGAUAUUUUGCUGCAGGAGGUUUACCUGCAAUCCCUCAAAAACUCAAUGGCUACCGACAUGCCCAUGGACACGGUGUCAGCUCCUCACCCUGCCCCGGCCUCGCCUCCUGCUCUCAGCCCCAGCGCAGCCCAAGACCAGAUUCCCACUAAGGAGCCAGCGAUAGCUGAAACCCCCGACACAGCAGUGACCUCAGAACAUGAUGCUGCUCCAGAUCUCACCCCAGCUCAGCCUACAGACCCAGGCGUGGCCCCCGAACUUACUCCCGGUUGUGAGCUGCCCCCGGGCCCUCUGCUGGCACCACCGCCAGCCACCGCCAAGAACCCCAGCUGCAAGAUCAUGACUUUCCGGCCCACCAUGGAAGAGUUCAAAGACUUUGCCAAAUACAUAGUCUACAUGGAGAGUCAAGGGGCUCAUCGUGCUGGCCUGGCAAAGGUGAUUCCCCCGGAGGGCUGGAAGCCGCGCAGGUCCUAUGACACCAUCGAGGACAUGGUGAUCCCAGCUCCCAUCAUGCAGGUGGUGACCGGUCAGUCGGGUCUGUUCACUCAGUACAACAUCCAGAAGAAAUCUAUGACUGUGAGCGAGUACCGCAAGCUGGCCAACAGCAAGAAGUACUGCACACCGCGUCACAAAGACUUUGAUGACUUAGAGAGGAAGUACUGGAAGAACCUGACAUUUGUGUCGCCCAUUUAUGGUGCUGAUGUUAGCGGCUCCAUCUAUGAUGAGGACAUUCAUGAGUGGAACAUCGGCCAUCUGAACACACUGCUGGAUAUGGUGGAGCAGGAGUGUGGCAUCGUCAUCGAGGGCGUCAACACGCCGUACCUGUAUUUUGGUAUGUGGAAGACCACCUUUGCAUGGCACACUGAGGACAUGGACCUCUACAGCAUCAACUACCUGCACUUUGGGCAGUCCAAGUCCUGGUAUGCUGUCCCACCUGAGCAUGGCAAGAGGCUGGAGAGACUGGCACAAGGCUUCUUCCCAGGCAGCUCCCAAGGCUGUGAUGCCUUCCUUCGCCACAAGAUGACACUGAUCUCUCCAUCCAUCCUGAAGAAAUACGGCAUUCCCUUCGACAGGAUAACUCAGAACGAAGGGGAGUUUAUGAUCACAUUUCCUUACGGCUACCACGCUGGCUUCAACCACGGCUUCAACUGUGCAGAGUCCACAAACUUUGCCACUCUGCGCUGGGUGGACUACGGCAAGAUGGCUACCCAGUGUUCCUGUCGAAAGGACAUGGUGAAGAUCUCCAUGGAUGUGUUUGUGCGCUGCCUGCAGCCUGAUCGCUACGAGCUGUGGAAGCAGGGCAAAGACGCCACAAUGCUAGACCACCUGAAGGCCACAGAGCUCAGCAGCCCUGAACUAGAGAGCUGGAGGCAGCAUCGUGUCACCUACAGGGCUAACCUCCUGCGAAGGGCCAUGCAGAAGAUGAAGCAGGUCCGUCGUCUGAAGCUGGAGGAGGUGAAGGUGCUGGCGGAGGAGGGCAUUGAGCUGAAUGCUACUGAGUACCAGCGUCAGGUGGAGGAGCGCGAGGCCCAGAGGAGGCAGGAGAGGGAGGAGCGUCUAGCCAGAGAGGCCAUGAUGACCCUGGAGGCCAUGGAGCGUGAGGAGCAGGAGGCUGCCGAGGCCGCCGCUAAAGCAGCAGAGACUCCGACUGUGGAGGAGCCAGAAGCCAAACCGCAGAACUUGACAGAUGACGUCGAGAAAAAGAAGCCGAAAAAGCCGAAGAAGAUCUCCAAUAUCCAAAGUGCCAUGACUGGAUUUGAGGAAGCAUUUGAGCAGUUUGCUACGUCUGGCAUCAAUAAUUCUAAGAAGGCCGUGGCCAGUCAUGUAGACACUCUAUCCCCGAGACACACUGACAUCCCGGCAGACAGCAAGAUGGAUGUGAGUGCCACCCAGGCAUGCUACUCCAAGAUGAAAAUGCCAACAGAGGUAAAAAAGAGUCGCCGCCACCCCCUCAGCAAGCCGCCCAUGCGCUCCCCGCUGUCCAUCGUCAAGCAAGACCCUACGAGUGACAAAGAGCUGUCCUCACCCAUGCCGCUGGAUAGCGACAUGAAGAAACAAGAGCACCUGUGGCAGAACCAUUCACCCAACUUCCUGGCAGAGAAGGCUUUCAACGCGGCGGUGGCUGCACUCCAACCGCACUGUGCUGUCUGCUCGCUCUUCUGUCCGUACACUAAGCCACAAAAAGACGGCUCGGUCGCAAGCGAUGCCGUGCGCACCGCCCCUCCCCGCCACGGCAGCUUGACUCGUCCACUCGUCCCAGAGAUGUGUUUCAGUGUUGGAGCAGGAAACACAGAGCCGCCACCCACCAACUGCCACAUUGGGGAGGAUGGAACCAGCCUUCUGAUCCGCUGUUCAUCUUGCCACAUGCAGGCUCAUUCCAGCUGUUACGGAGUAAAGCCAGACUCUGUCGGCGAUUCCUGGAUGUGCUCCAGGUGUGCAGCAGGAGCCUGGACAGUGGAGUGUUGCCUCUGUAACCUGAGAGGAGGAGCUUUGAAGACCACCACAGACAACCGGUGGGUCCACGUCAUCUGUGCCAUUGCUGUGGCCGAAGCUCGCUUUGUCAACGCUAUUGAGAGGCAGCCGGUGGACGUCAGUGCUGUCCCAGAAACCCGCAAGAAUCUGAAGUGUGUGUUCUGCCACGGCAAGACUGCCAGUCAGAACCGCGGCGCCUGCAUCCAGUGCUCGUACGAGAACUGUGCCACCUCCUUCCACGUCACCUGUGCCCAAAUUGCCGGAGUAAUCAUGACGCCUGCCGACUGGCCCUACGUGGUGUCUGUCACCUGCCACAAGCAUAAAAGGAGCACUCCGAAGCCUCGAGGGGCACCCAAAAGCCCGCAGGGUCCGACCCUGGGCCAAAGGGUGAUCGGUCGCAACAGCGACGCCUGGUACUACCACUGCACCAUCAUCGGCAUGGCAACACAGACGUACUACGAGGUCAACUUCGACGACGGCUCAUACUGUGACAACUUGCACCCGGAGAACAUACUAAGUCACGACUGCCUGCGUAGCGGCCCUCCUGACAUCGGGGAGCUGAUUGUGGUCAGCACACCCGAGGGUCAGGUCCGGAACGCCUCCUUUGUCAAACAGCACACCCACAAGUACUACCAGGUUGAGUUUCAGGACCAGAGUCAGCUGAUGCUCAAACACUCAGAGAUCUUUCAGCUGGACCAGGAGUUACCCAAAAGGGUCCGAGCCCGACUCGCGAUACCGGUACCGCAGGAGGACAUUUCCCCAGCAGACGAAGCUAAAGCAGCCAAACGCCGCCGCCUGCCCUCCGACUCGGCUCCUCCCGCCGACACCCCCAUGGAGAUGACUAAUACGCCGGCCUGCCCCCUAACCACGGCCCCGGCAGCGACACCAUCACCAGAACACAGUGUUAGCACACCGCCGACCUCACAACCUCUGCCCCAACCCGCCGCGCCGCCGCAGGACGCCCCCGCCCCGCCCGCCGGCGUUCAGAUGGACGCCGAGACCCCGAUGGACACCAGCGUCGCCUUCACCGACGCCCUCGCGGAGCCGACCCUGGCCUCGGACCCCACGCUGACUCCGCAGUCCGCCCCCUUCCAGUCCACCUUAAACUCUGACCCCCUGCUGUCCGCCCCGUCCCCUCCCCCUCCGCCCCGGCACAUGUCCGACUGCUACACGCCCAGCAGCGGCUACGUCUCCUACAUGGAGACGCUGCUGCAUUCACACUUUCCUCAGGACGAUGGCUCCGGCUCCCUGUAUUAAACCCGACUCCAGCACGUCGUCACUCGGCCGACGGAGGGCUGAGCCAAUAGGAAGUAAGCUAAUGGAGGCGGAUUCUACUGAGUGCUGUAUUAACGGACAAAUGUUUCCUUCGCCGGCGCUGAGAGCUCAGGGCGGGAGCAGGAAACCACACGGACACACAAGCACUCUUUUAUUGCAUGUUACUUUUCUAUUUUUGAGUUAAUGUAUUUGCAGUGGUGCUUUAGCCCGCUCUGAGGCAGCAGCUAAAGAGGACAAGGCUUGUUUGUUUUUUUAAAUUUUAAUUUUAACAUUAUUAUUAUUGUUGUUAUUAUUAUUAUUAUUAUUAUUAUUUGUU